UCGGCCGAUCUGGCGCAUUCUUGUGAGAUCGCAUCAGCGUCGGGGACGCGGGCUGCUAACACCCCUUUGACGAGGAGGGGGGGGCUCCACGACUGAGUGCGGCUGAUAUGUGCGAUCGACUCGGUCGCGUCUGUAAAAGUGAUCUGAGAGCCCUUCGUGAAGGCAGGGAGAACGUGUACGGCCUUUGUGAGACGUGUGCGCCAUCACACAGCGAGCCAACGCUGUACCCCGUUAUCUCCAUUGGCUUUUGAGGAUGUGAUUGCUGGUUGGCUCUUGAGAAGAGGACUACUGAGAAGCUGCGACCACUUUGCUUGGAGCUGUACAGCUGUUCAAGAAGACAUACAUACUUGAGAAGUGAAUUGGAACCAGGAGGAGGCUCAAUAAUGGAUGCGUUUUCAGGAAUUGGCAAGAGUGCUAUAUUGCAAAGCAGAAACCUGGAACUCAAUGCCUCGUUUACCACAGCAGAUGAGCUGUCCAAGGAGCUGGGCAGCAUGUGGGAGGAGUGCAGCGCGUCAAAUGAAGCCACUGAUGAAAAGGGCACAUAUCCUGAUUACAAAGCCUCUCCUGUUAACUCAGGGGAGAAUCCGGACACCGUCAGUUAUUCCUCCAGGAUGAAAGAUCAACAAAUGACAAGCGAUACCAGUCCAGCCAGCAAAUCUUUACCCUUCAGCCCAUCUGGUCAGUUAAGUCAAGAUCAGUCCCCCAAACCCCUGGACUCCAUUUCAAGCAGCAAAUACACACCUACCUUUUACUAUACCUCUGAGCGUCAGACACCUCCCUUGGGACAGCAUGAAAGAUCUCCAUCUCCUUCUCCUCGUUCAGUCAUUUCGGAAAUCCAUAACUAUGAUCAGAUGUCACCGGUCCAGUCAUCUCGCUUUUUCGCCCAGACACAGAAAAAAAGUUCUUCUUCGCAGUCUUUACAGUAUGACACUGGGUCUUUGGGACGGAGCUCAGGGUGGUCCCCACAGAAGGAGAGAAGCCCUUCCCCUCACCCAGCUUCUGUAGUACCGCAGGAGUUUGCUGCUACACCUCGACAAAGCAAGCCACUGGUCUCCAGCACUCUGCCGAGGAACUUCAGAGAGAUAAAAACAUACGAUGACGUGCAGGCCCCACAGAAGCCCACAGGGAUAUGGAAUGAAUCGAAUCUGGAUGUGGCCUAUGAAAAACGAUCGCACCAGAAGCCCGGCUAUGAGAGGCUAGACAAGCUGAGGCCAAAUCCUCCACCUUCUGUACUGGUCAGCAAUUGGCGAGAGUCUAAUUUGGAUGCACCUCCUUCAGCAGUGAAGGAUUCAUUACCAAGCAACCCAGAAUACGGAUCCCUGCCUCGCAUGACACGGAAGCCAAUUCCGGGAGAAUGGCAGUACAACUCUUUACCUAUGAGGACAACUGGGUACCCUCCGAGUCCAGGCUUUCAGUACGGCCAGCAGCCCAUCAUCUCGCGAAUCAAUGUCCCACCACAGUUUCAGAAGGGUACUCUAAGUGGGCCCCUUCCAUUAUCGGUGAUUAUGAGGCUUCAGAGUCCUUUCUGGAAUAGUAGUUACUCCAUUCCUCAGAGAGCAUCAGACGGGGGAUCUGUCCCUGCCCGGAAUGCUCCACUUCUUCAGCCACACAUGCCACAACAGAUGCCUCCGACUGAAAAAGCACAGCCUGCCAAAGAAGGUGGAGUGGCAGGCAAAGGUUUACCUCCAGCAAUCCCUCCAGCCUCAGAUGCAGGAGACAUAGAACCUGAACUGGAACACUUGGGAGAAGUAGUGGGAGAGCCAAUUGAGCAGGUGCCGCGGCCACUCAGUCCUACACGACUUCAGCCUGUGCUGCCCCACAUUGAUGAGAAGGAGCCAGAGAUGCAGGAAGUCCUUCGAAUCCGAGCGGAGAUUCCCAGGGCUUUGAAGAAGCGAACUUCUGUUGACAGCACGAUUUCUGGCCCGCUCCUUCCCCCAUCACACAGGAAGCAGUAUCAACAGAUUAUUAACAAGCUCUUCCGAAGACGAGUAAGCAAAAAGGAUCUUGAUGUGAAUGAGGACACUAUCCCUGAAGAUGAUGUUCUGGUUCCACCUGUGGUGACCCCUAUGCCUGUAACACUUGAGACAGAGGUUCCAGCUGCCAAGCCUCAGCGCUUGCAUUCCAUCCUGAAGAAAACCCGCAUAGAGAAGGUCUGCUCUGCUCGCAGGGCUCGUCUUAGUCCACUUGUGCUACUGCUAGAUGCAGCGUUGGUGGGAGACUUGGACACGGUCCAGAAAAGUGUAUGGGAGCUUACAGAUCCCAGCCAGCCCAAUGAUGAGGGCAUCACUGCUCUACAUAAUGCAAUCUGUGCAGGUCAAUACCUGGUAGUGGAAUUUCUUAUCCGCAGUGGUGCCAAUGUUAAUGCUCCAGAUAGUCAUGGUUGGACCCCUCUUCAUUGUGCUGCUUCAUGUAACGACAGACAGCUGUGUGAGUUUUUGGUGCGCAGUGGAGCGGCCAUCAUGGCUGUGACUGACAGUGACAAUGCCACAGCAGCACAGAAGUGCGACCCGUUUGCUCCAAAUUUUGAGGAGUGUUCUCAGUAUCUGGCAGAAGUGGAGAGUUCUCUGGGCAAGACGAACAGUGGAGUUGUCUAUGCUCUUUGGAACAAUGAAAGCCAGAAUCUUGAUGAGCUAUCAUUUCGGGAUGGAGACAUGGUAACAAUUUUACAGAGAGACGAUGAUGAUGGCUGGUGGAUGGCUUCACUCUGUGGCCGUGAAGGGCUUGUUCCCAAGAACUACUUUGGGCUAUUCCCACGUGUUCGGCCCAAGACGCUGGUCUGAAGUUGUACCUGCAUGAGGAGAGACACCUGGACUGCAUGAACUACUACACAAGUUGACAACUGCUUUGGGGAAUCAAACUCUGGUACUGUGUUAGCAGCCAGUGAUUGGUUAAGAGCUCAUCACUGCAAGUCGUUUGAGUACCAGUGAGGUCCACGUCUUCUUUUUCUCCCAGCAAAACCAGCUCUUUCCCGCUGAGGAGAUUUCAUAUUUUCUCUCAACAAACUGUGUUAAGAGAAAGCAUCAUUCUUUGUGUGACUUUAUUGCAGGCUUGGCUUUAGGAUUAUAAUUGCACUUUGUUUGCAUGUAUUUAAGCUUUUAAGUUUAAGUCGUCAUCAUGCCAAAGUUAAUCCACUGGGGAAGAAUCCAAGAUAAAGAUAAACUCCUUGAAAAAGUGAACUGUGAACAGUCUUCAAAAUAUGAGCAACUGGCAGUAAAGAACACGGAAUUGAUCUUCGCUAGCUGUUCAUACGUGCAGAAGAAGACACCAAAGCCUUUUACUUCUUUGUGUGU